CGCCCUCAGACCCGAAUUCGGAUAACAUGGCUCCUCCUGUUGCGACAGAGACGUACACCGCCCCGACACAGUACACGACACUGAAGCUGCGCGGUACGCCAUCCGAGGUGCCAGCAGCCGUGCUUGCUGCCAAAGUCGCCCCCGAACCCGUGCCGGCAGCCAAGCCAAAGUCGAGCCAGCCAGAGCUGGCGGAGUAUACGUAUGCCCGCUACCUCCCUGCGUUCAACGCGAACGAGCACUAUCCACCGCUCGAGCCGUUCACCCAUUCCGACCCUGGGCUGCGUGCACUUGCCGUUAGUCCCAAUCCAGAGGAUCCGUUGCCUUUCCUCCAGUCUGCGGAGAGCGUCACCGAGCUCACGCCUGAGCUGGGGACGGAAGUGCGCGGAGUCGACCUGAGCAAGCUGACUAGCGAUGGGCGGGAUCAGCUCGCUCUCCUUGCUGCGCGCAGGGGAGUUCUCGUCUUCCGCGACCAGGGCAACUUCAUCAAUGCUGGAGGGGACGCUUGGCUGGAGUGGGGCAAGCAUUUCGGCCGGCUGCAUAUACAUCCGACAAGCGGACAUCCGGAUGGUAUCCCGCAGAUCCAUCUGGUGUACAGGGAUGGGCAGGCGACGUUCAACUAUGAGAGGAGCGACAGGAUCUCGAGCUUGGUGUGGCAUUCUGAUGUCUCGUAUGAGCUCCAACCACCUGGUCUUACUACGCUCUUCCUUCUCUCCUCGCCCGACACUGGUGGAGACACUCUGUACGGCUCUCAAGUCGCUGCUCUCCGCCAUCUCUCCCCACCGUUCGUCUCCUUCCUCCGCACGUUGAAGGCAGUCCACUCCGGGGUUGAGCAGGCCAACUUCUCCCGCAGCGGGAAGCGUGGUGGUGUUGUCCGUCGCGAGCCUGUGGAGCACGUUCAUCCUGUUGUGCGCAGACACCCCGUGACAGGCGAGGAGGCACUUUAUGUCAACAGCCAGUUUACAACACGUAUUGUAGGGCUCAAGAAGGAAGAGUCUGAUAACCUUCUCAACUUCCUUUUCGACCACGUAUCCAAAGGCGGCGACUUCCAAGCGCGUGCGAAAUGGGCCCGCAACACAGUUGUCCUCUGGGACAACCGUAUCUGCGUGCACACCCCAGUUGUUGACUUUGGUCCUAGCGGACAAAGGAGGCACGGGUGCAGGAUCACGCCCCAGGCAGAGAGGCCCGCGCCUGCAUGGGACGGACUGGAGUUGAGUGACAACAGCCUUAUUUAGAAGUUGUUGUAUAUGAAAGAAGGAGUAUAUCAAAAGUAGAACAACCAGUAUUGUCCUUUACGGCAGGCUGGCAGUUAACAGGAAGGGAAUAUCCCC